GGAUGUGGCUCUCCGAUUCCUCUUUCACAGUAGCCUGGGUCAGUUUUCAAUGGGCUCUGAUUCAGUCUUUAGUUCCACUGAAUUUUCAGUUGGGAAUUAUUUACUAAGAGGAGAAAGGUGCAUAGUGUGACGCAUUUGGGGACCUUGUUUGAAACAGAAUGUUGGCUGUUUGUUGAUUUUCGGGGAUUGAGAGCCAGGGGUGAAGGUUUGUUUGGACAUGGGACUGCAUCCCUAGCCAGUGCCUGUGCCUGGGCUCCAAGAGUUAACUGCUGCAAGCAGUGACGUUUGUCCUGAUCUUUGCUCCUCUGCUCUUGAGCAACCUGAUACUGCCGCUGCUGGGGCCUGUGCUCAUUGGCUGCUGGCUGCACUUAGAGUGGGCGGGUUUUUCUAUUAAGUAAAAGGGCAGGACUUAAGCAGCCAGUGUCAGCUGAGGCAAGACAUAUCUUGUGCCACUUUCCUGGGAACCCCGGCAUUUCCCACUCUUGACUUCUGCCGGCACUUGCUCACAGUGGUGCCUGAGCCCCCGGUUUCACCAGCAUGCUCUGCCUGUGCUUGUAUGUGCCGAUCAUUGGGGAGGCGCAGACAGAAUUCCAGUACUUUGAAUCCAAGGGACUUCCCGCAGAGCUGAAGUCCAUCUUCAAACUCAGUGUCUUUAUUCCCUCGCAGGAGUUCUCCACCUACCGCCAAUGGAAGCAGAAAAUUGUGCAAGCAGGUGACAAGGACCUUGAUGGGCAACUGGACUUUGAAGAGUUCGUACAUUACCUCCAAGAUCACGAGAAAAAGCUGAGGCUGGUGUUCAAGAGUCUAGACAGAAAGAAUGAUGGACGAAUCGAUGCUCAAGAGAUCAUGCAGUCCCUGCGGGACCUGGGUGUCAAGAUCUCUGAACAGCAGGCAGAGAAGAUUCUUAAGAGCAUGGAUAAGAACGGCACGAUGACCAUCGACUGGAAUGAGUGGAGGGACUACCAUCUCCUGCACCCUGUGGAGAACAUCCCGGAGAUCAUCCUGUACUGGAAGCACUCAACGAUCUUCGAUGUUGGUGAGAAUCUGACAGUCCCGGAUGAGUUCACAGUGGAAGAGAGGCAGACAGGGAUGUGGUGGAGGCACCUGGUGGCCGGAGGUGGGGCGGGGGCAGUUUCCAGAACCUGCACUGCCCCGCUAGACAGGCUGAAGGUGCUUAUGCAGGUCCAUGCCUCCCGCAGCAACAAUAUGUGCAUCAUAGGUGGAUUCACACAGAUGAUUCGAGAAGGGGGCACCAAGUCUCUCUGGAGGGGCAAUGGUAUCAACGUCCUCAAAAUUGCCCCUGAGUCAGCCAUCAAAUUCAUGGCUUAUGAGCAGAUGAAGCGCCUUGUGGGUAGUGAUCAGGAGACACUGAGGAUCCAUGAAAGGCUUGUGGCAGGCUCCUUGGCUGGAGCCAUUGCCCAGAGCAGUAUCUACCCAAUGGAGGUUCUGAAGACCCGGAUGGCCCUGCGGAAGACAGGCCAGUACUCGGGCAUGCUGGACUGUGCCAGGAGGAUCUUGGCUAAAGAGGGUGUAGCUGCCUUCUACAAAGGCUACAUCCCCAACAUGUUGGGGAUCAUUCCCUAUGCUGGCAUCGACCUAGCUGUCUAUGAGACACUGAAAAACACCUGGCUACAGCGCUAUGCAGUGAGCAGUGCAGACCCUGGUGUGUUCGUGCUCCUGGCCUGCGGCACUGUUUCCAGUACCUGUGGCCAGCUGGCCAGCUACCCACUGGCCUUGGUCAGGACCCGGAUGCAGGCACAAGCCUCCAUUGAGGGCGCACCUGAGGUCACCAUGAGCAGCCUCUUCAAACAGAUUCUGCGGACUGAGGGGGCCUUUGGGCUCUACCGGGGGCUGGCCCCCAACUUCAUGAAGGUGAUUCCGGCUGUGAGCAUCAGCUACGUGGUGUACGAGAACCUGAAGAUCACUCUGGGCGUGCAGUCUCGGUGACGGGAGGGUGGCGGACUUGGUGAUCCUGGGCUACAGCCCAGGAUGUGCAGCCAUCUCAUUCUGUGAAUGUGCCAACACUAAGCUGACUUACCCAAGCUGUGAAACCCAGGAUGCCACAGGGGAGGGGCAGGGACUGGCAAGCUCUAGGCUGGUCCUGCUGACCUGGCAGACCCUUAUUCCCUUCCAAGGAAGACCUGUGGACAUUCCUUAGAGUCCAGAGGUCAGUAGGAUGUGGGCUCCUGCACUUAGAGACAGGACGUUUCCUGCAGUGCCCGCCAGGCAGUGAGCUUGGAGGCCAGCUUAGCUCUUCCAUCUCGUCCACGCAGCCAGCCGUCAGCCACCCUCCCUCUGGUCCAAAGAGCAUCCCUGUGCCCCUCAUGUCUUUCCCAUUGGUGUGCUGUGGUGGGAAGUGGGCCUGUCCCUCUUCUUGUCCCUCUCCCUCAGUGCUGCUCCUCCAAACCUGUUUCCCAGGCUACAGCAUCCUGUGGGCCUGUGUACGGGAAGCUGAACAAGUACCCUACAUCCUGGCCUCUUCUGAGCUCACCAGCAAGGCUGCCUGGAUGUGCCCGGGUACUCAGGCACUGGCUGCCUGGCACCAUGGUGCAUGGCUUUGCUGAAAGCUAGUCUAGGACCUGGAUCCCAGAGGGUUUGUGCCGCCUGCAUGGGCCUAACGUCCUCCGAGCUGUCCCCGAUCCCUGUCAGGACUGGCCCCACACUUACUGUUCCAUCCUGUGGUGUGAGGGUGGGGCGGGUAUCUGCCCCUUGUGUGCUGUCCUGAGGAGAAGGGAACAUGCUGAAGGCCUUGACUAUGUCUCACUGGGGAAAGGACUCAGUUCAGAAGACAAGCUGGACACUGCGCAUGUGCCGCACUUCAGAGAAAGCAGGAAAGGGGUGCGGAGGGAAGAGGUUUGGCUGCUUUAAAGUCUGUUCAAAGGUCCUGUGGGCCGAGUGGGACCAGCCUCACAUUCCACACGGCGUAUCACACUGCUUGGAGCCUAUUUAUUUUGUAUUUAUUUGAACAGAGUUAUGUCCUAACUAUUUUUAUAGAUUUGUUUAAUUAAUAGCCUGUCAUUGUCAAGUUCAUUUUUUAUUCAUAUUUAUGUUCAUGGUUGAGUGUACCUUCCCAUUACCACCUGGUGGGGGGUGGGGAGACGAGAUGGAAAAGUGGCCACAGAGUGACCUUACCUGCUACCUACACAGACAGAAUGUCUGUCCAAAGAAUUCCUCUCCCAACUGGAAACGGAAGGAAAGGCACAAGGGACGACCCUUGCUGUGGAGAGUAUCCCCUGGCGGGCCGGGUAGGGUAGUGGGAACGGUGGCCUUUACUGUCCUUUCCUGGACUGAGAAUGUCUUUGUUUUGCCCUUUGGAAUGGCAAGGCAGUGGGUGCUUCACUGGGAACUUGGUACACGGGCGAGGACCAGAGGGCCAGGUGGACUGCCCCCCAACCUCUGACCCGGGCUCCCUCCUGGCCCACGGCUGCCCUUGCUCAGUGAGUGGUCAGCUGGCCACUUGGCAAUUGUGCCUCCAUUGUCCCAGAACAGCCUGAUGAGGAAAAUCCAAAUAGGAUGCAAAGAUCAAUGCAACAAUUACCGUUCUGCAUAGUCUAUCGCUGUAACUGGAGUUGUCAAAGCCAAGCAGCCUUCUAAUAAAGUUGCUUCAAUGUGA